GGCGCCGCCGCCCGGCCGCCGCCGCGGGCUCCGUGCGCGCCGCGGAAGCUGGCGCAGUACGCGCACCCCGUCAGGCUAUUUUGGCCCAAAUCAAGGUGUUAUGAUUACCUAUAUCAGGAAGCUGAAGCACUUCUGAAAAACUUCCCUGUUCAAGCUACAAUUUCCUUUUAUGAAGACUCGGAUAGUGAAGAGGAUGAUGAUGAGGAGGAACUAGAGCAAGAUUCAAGAAUGGAAUCAGAUUGCUGAUUGCAAGAAAGGCCAAGGCUACUUUGAAGAUAUUUUAAUUUAAA